ACAAGAGAGCACGAUGCAGCGGGGCAUAGAUGAAGUAGCCACCUACCUGGCAGAGGUGGGGAUGGAAGCGUCAUCAGAGAAAACGCAAUAUAUGAUGGUCGCUCGCCCUAGGGACCACAGGAAAGGAAUAGCAGGCUCAGUACGGCUAGAACUCAAUGGACAAGAAAUCGGCAAAAAGCCACAUAUCAGAAUCCUAGGAGUCACCUUCGAGCAGACGGCAAGAAGCACGAGAUGGAUCCCGGAGAUAGAAAAGACGUGGGCUCAGGGUCUCAAGCUCAUAAAGAAAACAACAAGUAAGUCCUGGGGAGCUGAUGAAAAGGCUCUGCGUAUCCUCACAGAGGCCCUUCUCACGUCACGAGCACUGUACAGUUGCAACUGGCUGAAUCUCAACCAGACGCAAUGGAAAAAACUCGAGAGACUUAACAACCAAUCGAGGCGAGUAGUCACGAGCCUUCCCAAAUACACGCCACUCGAAAUGCUAGAAAAGGAAGCACAAAUGAACAACAUAAAAGACAGGGCCGAAACCCAAGCAAUCGCUCAGUUUCAAAGGCUAGAGCGCACUAAACAUGGACGUAGAUUCCUGCAAGACCUAGGAUACGAGACAAGCAACAAGCCGCCAUUGGAAGAGGCGCUACCUCCGUGGCAGGACGAGGUGAUAACGGAUCAUCGGCCUCUGCCUCAAGUUUUGAACCAAGGGAAGAGGGCUAGAGCCGCUAAGAUGCACGCGGCAUGGUGCGAAACACAUGCGCCAAACGAAGAAGUGCGGUACACCGACGCCGCAAAGAACGGUGACAAAGUGACAUCUGCCUGGCACGACGCAAGGAGAGGCAGGACACAAACCGAAUUACUGCCGUCGGGCACGACGGUGAGGGAGGCCGAAUUGAGGGCGAUAUUGGCGGCGGCCCAGGAUAUCGCAGGAAAAAGCGCGACGGCACCUCACGCCAGAAUUUUUACAGACUCGCAAGCAGCGAUUAACGCAACACGCAGCAGCAGACCAAAGGGCCGAACAAUAAAAAAGAUUAAGAAAGUGGCGACGGAGCUUCGCAUACGUGGCACCGACCUGCACAUCACAUGGCUUCCCGGGCACAGCGAAAUCCCCGGGAAUGAGAGGGCACACAGGGCCGCAGCGGAAGAAAUAGUUCACGGCUCCGCGACUGGCCCGACCUCUCAUUCUGAAACGAAUAACACGGUAGACCCGGAGGAACAGGCUGAACUUGCCAGGCAGGCGAGGAAGGCCUACCUCAGAGGGUUGCUGCCGUCACAAGAAGACAACAUGCCAACGAGCUAUACCAGAUGGGAAGCUGUCCGAGUCCGACGGAUCAGGACCGGAACAGCAUUGACACCGGCCAAACAAGCGAGCUUCGGGCUCGUCGACAUCGAGGGUUCC